AUGAAGAUGUUUCACAGAAUCCUAGGCUUCGUGUUGCACUGUCUCCUGAAUGUCUGUGUUCUGAACUGCUCCAGAGUUACACUGGUCAACAAUGGGUAUCGAAACAUUGUUAUUGCGAUAAAUCCCAACAUCCAAUAUAACAACAAGCUCAUUGAAAACGUUAAGGAGAUGAUGACUGAAGCCUCGAACUACCUCUCCAAAGCUACAAUGCAUCAACUUUACUACUCAGAUGUAAAAAUCGUGCUACCUGCUACCUGGGCACUGAAGUCGAACGUGGUUCAGAGACCAAGUACUGAGUCAUACGAGAAGGCGAGUGUAAUCAUUGCUGAACCAUAUCUUAAACAAGGAGAUACUCCAUACACCCUGCAGUAUGGCGGGUGUGGCGAGAAGGGACGGUAUAUUCACUUCACCCCAAACUUCAUUCUAAACGACAAAAUUACCUCCAUUUACUGUCCGAAAGGUAGGGUAUUUGUUCGUGAAUGGGCCCAUCUUCGCUGGGGUGUGUUUGACGAAUAUAAUGAUGCGGUUCCAUUUUACAUAUCUGACAGCGAAACUACUGAAGCAACAAGAUGUUCUCUCAGCAUAAGAGGAAAGACUGCUGAAUGUAAGGGCAGUGUGUGUUCUUCAUGUAUCACUGAUGAAAGCACAGGAUUAUCAAACAAACAAUGCCAAUUCUUCCCAGAGAAAAAUCAGAGGUCAUCAUCUUCAAUAAUGUACUUACAGGGAUUGCCGAAUGUGGAUAAAUUCUGUGAUGACAAGACUCACAAUGUUGAAGCGCCCAACAUGCAGAACAGAAUGUGCAAUUACAAGAGCACUUGGGACGUGAUCAGCAAGUCGGAAGAUUUCAGAAACAUUUCCUCGCCCCACACUGGUUCGGUCGAACCAACAUUCACGCUCCUUCAGGCCAAGGAUCGUGUGCUUUGCUUAGUCCUUGAUGUCUCAGGAAGCAUGGGGACGGAGAAUCGCAUCGGCAGGCUCCGACAAGCAGCUGAGAUAUUCUUGCUGCAGAUCGCUGAGACCGGAUCAUAUGCGGGAAUUGUCACUUUUAACAGCGGUGCAAGCAUUCAAACGCGUUUAAAAAGGAUCAAUAAUGAUAAAGUGAGAGAGGAUCUUGUAAAGACUAUCCCAACAUUUAAGAAACAGUUAAACAGGUACACGUAUAGAACAGUACUCAGUUUCAUCAUUAUUUUAUAUCAGGCCUACAAUGGUGGCGCUGCUGCGUAUUUGAAAAUUGAAUUCGAUUUGGACACGGUUGCACAAUGGUGGAUGUACAAGGCGUAA